UGCGUGUCUUUGGUGGGUUUGACAAUUGCAAUUUUUUGGGGUUCCUAUCAGUUAUUGUGUUACGAAGAAAUUAAGGAUUUUGAUUAAAUAAAUAAAACAAAUUAGAAAACGCUGAAAGAAAAUGAAGACGAAUAUAAUACAGUUACCUCUUGUUUUUCUCUGCAUAUUGCCGGCGGCUUUUGCUGCCAAAACUAAUUUUGUCACCUGCGGUUCAAUAUUUAAACUUCUCAACUCUGAUUAUGGCUCCAGACUUCAUUCACACGAUGUCAAAUAUGGAUCUGGGUCGGGUCAACAGUCGGUGACCGGCGUCGAAAUAAAAGAAGAUGUAAACAGUCAUUGGGUUGUAAAAGCUCCAACAAAUAAUCACUGCGAACGUGGCGAACCUAUUCAAUGUGGUGAUACCAUUAGAUUAGAACAUUUGACAACCAAGAAGAAUCUACACUCACAUCACUUUUCUUCGCCAUUAUCGGGUGAACAGGAAGUAUCUGCUUAUGGCGAAGAUGGCGUUGGCGAUACAGGGGAUCAUUGGGAAUUGGUAUGCACUAGUGAUGAAUGGAUACGUGAUGCUCAAGUACGAUUUCGGCAUUUAGACACUGACAGUUAUUUGGGUAUGUCGGGACGUUCGUUUGGACGGCCAAUCUCUGGACAAAUGGAAGUAGUCGGUUUUAGCAGUCCGCAACAUGGUACCCGGUGGGCAACUGCGGAAGGGUUGUACAUCGUACCAAAAGAUAAAGAAUCACAUGCUGAGUAUGCGCAUUCGGAACUCUAAAAGAACUGAAAACGAUUGAAAGGAGUGUACUUUCACUUUGUAUGAAUAUUUGCCGUGCUACUUUGUAAUACAUAUUUUUUAGUUUCUAAUAUGCUAAUCAUAAUUAGUUCAAUUUGAUUUUUAGUUUGUUGCAAGCAAUAUAUUGCGAAAGUGCAACUUAUUUGACCACACUCAUCUGCAAUGAUAUUGCAGUAUCUUAAGAAAACCAAAUAAAUGCAAUUUGUGUGAAAC